AAGCCCGAAUGACAGUAGCUCUCACAGCUCAGCUCGGUCUACGUCGCUUGCUACUGCGAUCCGGAUACACACUGAAGAACGCCCUUCCCGGGAUUACUGUUCUCCCUCUUUAAAAUUCAAGUGGCGAUGAAGAGCCCCUGCCCGGCACAUCUCGUCGCCGAGUCUUGAAGAGCCGAGAUGAGGUGGACAGCCGGCAGGAGAGGCGUCGUGCUGCCCGUGGCUCUUCUGGGAGCCCUACUGGUCACGGCGGGAGCGAGUCUGCCAGUGGACAGCUGCCCUCGUCACUUGGAUUGCACUUUGCAGAGACGACAAUCCUGCAAGCCUGGGAGUACACAGUGCGGACCCUGCAUCGAACCACUGAUUGAAAAUGAGUAUGGAAACUGUGUGCAAAAACAGCAGCAGCACACCACUGGGGGGAACCUUGCCAACGUGGAUGAGGAAAUUGAUUAUUUGGCCUCAGUUGUCACCAAGCAAGGACUCCAGAAACAGCACCUCUCUCAGGAAGCUUUACUGCCCCCUCUGACAGAGGACAAGCCUAAGGCCCUUGGCAGUAAUGAGGUCCAAAAUCGGUUGGCUGCCCAAAUUCAGCUUGAGCAAUCCAAUGGCAGCCUCACAACAGUUGCAGGAACUACAGUUAUGAAGGUGACAGAGAAAAGUGGACCGGUGGCAUCACACUAUCCAGCUACGGAUGCCAUAAUUUUUGCAAUGAUCAUCGUCUGCACAGUCGUUGGCUCAACUGCGCUGAUUGUAGCUGCUGUAUGUUGGUUGAGGCUACAAAAAGAAGUGCGUCUGGCACAAAAAGUUGAUUACCCAGCCUUUGGUGUGAUGGGCCCUGGGCCCUUGGACAGCACUUCGCCUGGAGACAAGAAGCUGGCACAGAGUGCACAGAUGUAUCACUACCAGCAUCAGAAGCAGCAGAUGCUGUCAAUGGAGAAACACAAAGAUGAUUCAAAGGUUCCUGAAUCUGGUACCACAUCUGAUGAGGAGAAUGAAGAUGGGGACUUCACAGUGUACGAAUGCCCAGGCCUUGCACCGACAGGGGAAAUGGAAGUGAAGAACCCUCUAUUUGAUGACUCUUCACUACACCCUCAGAAGAACCAUAAGUAGCCCCUUUACCCUGACCCUCUCCCCCUUGCCCAAAAUACACACACAUACUUUGGACAAAAAUCAGAGGACUUACCCUGUCAAACUAGGUCCUGGUUUGGAAGCCCAGGUCCAGGAGAAAAGUUAAGAAGAAUUAACCCCCUUGGUGAAACUACAGCACCCCCUUGGACCACCCAUAGGGACUGCCAGAGUUGACCACUGUUUUCAGAGUCUGCUUAUUCCACUGCUUUAGGAAACCACUGAAUUGUUGGCCACUACCUGAGAAUCAUGUGGAAAACCGAGGCCUAAGCUCUUUUGCCUUUUCAGAAUUUUAUAUCAUUUUCAUUUAACCUGGAUACUCACUGUGGACAUACUACCACAUUUUGGUGGAAUAUUAAUACUAUAUGGGCUACUGAUUCUUAAAAUGAAUAGAAAAACAUCCCCUUAUUAAUUAAAAUCUUCUGCACUCUUGUCAUAUGCCGAUGAACUUUUUUCAGUUUUCUGAAGGAUGAGAGAAGAAUAUGACAGCUAAGUGAUGAGAGUUGCACACUAGGGAGGGAGCCCCACUGUUUUAAAUCAGUCAGGAUACAUCACAUUGAAUCAGCUUUAUUCACUCAAACUCCCACCCACUCAAUAUUCUUUAAAGUUAACCUAUGGGAUGAUUUGGUUUGCCACACAGCAAGCUUACCUAAAAUAAAAUCAGCCAAUCUAUAUAGCUGGACUCCAGGCAAUGUCUGCACAAUUCCAACCCAGCUGCAGUUUCCCUUGAAUGAAUCAUCCCCUGUUGAGGAAAAAGACUAGAAAAUGUUGUACCUUUCAGUGGUAAAAAAAAUCAUUUCCUAAGUUGGACUGCAGUAGAAUCCAAUAGGACCUUGUGGUCUCCAGCAGCCUAUGUGAGAGUAAAUCAACCAUAACAUGUAGCCAGUUUGAAAAUAUUGUUACUCAGAAGUCUGGUACUUUCUUAGAUUCUCUCACAGUGGUUCACUUUUUUAUGGAUUGAACUUAUACUGCUGUUAGAUCUCACAGAACAGGGUUGGUUAAAUAAAGAUGCAUGUCCUUGUGUCUUCAGAGAGCUCCUAGGUACAUCAGGCACUCAGGUACCUGUAGUGCUAGAGAGCAUGCAGAAACCUGACUGUCAUCACUUGCCUGUUUAUCACUGACCAUCCAGACUUUGUGCAAGCCAGUCACAGUGAAAGCACACAACAGUGCAGACAGGCAUCUCUGCAAACCUCAUCUGCAGUAUUAGGAGACUCUGCCCCCUUAGACUUUUGGCUGUCAUAUUCCUUCUACUGUAUUACACAGGCUCGGGCGCAAACUCCCAUCCCAGCACACUUUUGUUUUUUGUUUUUUUCUUUCUUCUUUUUUUUUAAUAAGUGUCACUGGGAUGGUUGGACAGCAUUAGCUAACUUAACCUAGCCCCUCUCAUUGCUGUAAGACUUGCUGAGUUCAGUUCAUUCAGUCCAAUUUUGUCCUGAUUUUAAUGUUAUCUUGAUCUUUUUGUCUGUCUCCUGUGCGUUUGUUUGCUUCAUAGUUAAGUAGAAAGGCAACUGAAGAAGGUGGCAAAAUGGCAUGUACCAUACCUGGAACCUUUUUUUUAACCAAGCUUUCUUCAGAUGGAAUGUAUUUGGAGGAAUUUCCUUAAAGGAAUAGAUGUAAUGCAUGGAUACCAAGAAAGCUGAGGUUGCAGAAUGUAAAGGGCUUUAAAGAUUGUCAUUGGACUAUUGGCUCCAUUAUAAAAACCCUGUUUGACUGAGCAUAGUGGUGAGGUUGGAGGGAAGGGAGGUGUUGGCAGUAAAAUAUGUAUUAAUAUCACUAACUCCCUCCACCCAGCUACCCUAGACUGCUCUCUCUGACUCUGCAAAUCUUUUCUUCUGAGCAACCGUCUGAACUCUUCUUUCACCUAAACUUGAGGCCUUUACGGAGAUGGCACCCUCAAGAGUGAUCACUGUGUAGUCUUACUCUCCUUAUCCCUCUCCCCCACUUUGGUGGCAGGUGGGCACCAGUCUGGCAUUAUGGGUUCACAGGGUGAUUUGAGCUUGGUGUGACUGAAUGCUGCUUUUAUAUCUCUGCCAGAACCUUUGUGUAAAGCAUCCUGUAACUGUUCUGGACUCGGCUGGGGCUGUCUGGCCUGCAUGUAGGAAUGUAAGCAAAUUAUUUAUAUUAUAUUGAUAUACAACUUCA